AUGGAUGGAGAUUUCACAACCUCUGUUGACCAUCUACGCCAGCACUCUGUUUCUUUACUCACAAAGCCACUUUUACUUCACUGCAGGAUCUGUGAGUCCCCACUCCUUCAGGCUGCCAAGGAGAACAACAUCCCAGUCAUUAUGAAACUUCUCACUGAUGAAACAUGUGAUAUUUAUCAGAGAGGUGCAGUAGGGGAGACUGCCCUCCAUGUAGCUGCCUUGUAUGAUAAUGUGGAGGCUGCACUGGCUCUGAUGGAAGCAGCUCCGGAGCUUGUCAAUGAAAGGAUGACAUCAGAACUCUAUGAAGGGCAGACAGCUCUCCACAUUGCAGCAGUGAACCAGAAUAUCACUUUGGUGAAGGCUUUGCUCAAGAGAGGGGCAAAUAUCUGCACAGCACAGGCCACUGGGCACUUCUUCAGGCGCAGCUCCCAGAACCUUCUCUAUUUUGGAGAACAUGUUUUGUCAUUUGCUGCCUGUGUGGGAAAUGAGGAGAUUGUACAGUUGCUCAUUGAAAAUGGAGCUGACAUUAGAGCUCAGGAUUACCUGGGUAACACCAUCCUCCACAUCUUAGUUCUCCAGCCUAAUAAGACAUUUGCCUGCCGCAUGUACAGCCUGAUACUUUCCUACGACCAGACCAAAGAGGGACCAAGACCACUUGAAUUAAUUCCUAACAAUGAGGGGCUUACUCCAUUCAAACUGGCUGGAGUUGAGGGGAACACUGUGAUGUUUCAAUACCUCAUGCAAAGGCGAAAGCAUAAUCUCUGGUCCUUUGGCCCCUUGACCACUGUGCUGUAUGAUCUCACAGAGAUUGACUCCUGGGCUGAAGAUCAAUCCUUCCUUGAACUCAUUGUCUCAACCAAGAAGAGAGAGGUACUGUAGGCGUGAGAAGUUUUGAGGACUGUGGUAAUUCUAAAAGGAGAAUAAUGAGUUUGAAGGCUCAGGCUCUUCCAUGUUAUUCACAGGGCAAGAAACAGUAUCAUACUGCGGGCAAUACAUGAAAUAUAGCAGCUUUUUAAUAAUACAUUUAUAUUUGAUGCUUUAGCAGUUUAUUCUGAGAUGGGAGCUUGAAGAUGGAUUGAAAGAACAUCAUAUUAACAGAUCACAUGGAACAUGUUUCAGUAAAGGGUUCUUUCUUUUUUCCCAUGCUCAAAGAUAUAAAUAACAUGUAGCUCUAGAGUAGCUUUAGCACGUACUAGCUUUCUGUAUCAGUGAUAGUGAUUAACAACAUCCCCGUGAGGCAAACUGUGUUAAGAAAUCCUAAAUUGGAAUGCAUUUUAAAAGCACUCCUUAUUGUUAUUAUUUUCUUCAUUUAAUCACUAUUGGUUAUCCAGCUUAUGACUCAAAAAGAAGAACGUG